UAUCCUUCGUCAUCCAACUAUACUGAUAUCAUAUUCAACAACGAGACCAAUGCUCCUUGCGUUGGAUCCAUGGUUGAAUUCUCGAAUUUCAAAGGCGAUAUUUCGUUUGGUGUAGUAGUUCUGCCGUCUCAGUCCAAGUUCAACGAGAGUUUCAACAAGAUAUCCAUUUUAACUAUAGACAAUGAAAUCGUCACAGUAUCUCCUCAACAAUGCAAUUUGCAUUUUCACAAAGUAUUAAAUCUGGAAUGGCUAGAUUCCUUGGCAAUAAUAGAAAGUUCAGAUUGUACAGACCCCUCUAGAUUGCAAGUUGUGACUAUCUUAAACCAUUUCUUAAACCUGACUUUGGAAGUAACUAAAAGCAUUGAGAGCCAAAUGGAUAUCGUUCAUUCACAAUUUGCUUUGCCACAUACUCUAGCAAGUAUUUCAGCAGUUGAGAUCAUAGAAUCGAUGAAACUACCAGCUUCAUUACUAGCGCAAAUCAACCAAUCAUACUUCCAUGAAGUUGUGUUGCUUGCAGCUAUUCAUUUUGUAAUAGCCAAGUCUCUCAAGUGGAUAUUGCCUCCAAACAAUUCGAUGUACCGUAAUUCCAAUCUUAUUUACGGGUCAUACUCCAACUGCUUAGUUCCAUCAACCACUUACUUAGUAAAUUCAAUUAGCAACACAUAUUCUUUGACUAAAUUUAUAGAUUAUUCUAAGGACCCUGCAGUCUUGGAAAACAUGAACGGUUUUCUUAAUAACCUAUAUGACGAUCAAACUUCUCAUAAGGCAAGAUCUUAUGAAGACCUCAACCACUAUAUUAACAUAUGGGAGGGCAGCCACCAUAAACAUGUAAUCGAUGUUCUCAAGUUCUUCGUGGUAUAUCCACAUCCUACUUUAAAGAAAAUCUUGAAGCAAUUCGAUUUGUUCAGUAAAUUACUGCCAGCUCCAGAACUGGUUUACAAGGUAUUGGAAGAGAUUGGCAUAUACAAUAAUUCAAGAAACCAGCUUUCAGACAUUCACUUAUCGACCAGUAUGUUUGGAAGAAACAAACUUUCAGCCUUGGCAACAUCGACUAUAACUGAAUUGGAACCAUUAGUUAAUUCAGAUUUCCUUCAUGGCACUAAGAUGAGUGACAAAUUUCCUCAUCUCAGAGAGUCAAACUUGUUCUAUCAAGAUCAAGUAAUUUACGCUCUUCCAUCUUUGAAGGCUAGUAAUAAAAAAUCGGCAGAUUCAUUCCUUGCAAUCUCACUUGAAAAGUUGAAUUCGAGAAAAUACGUCAUUAAUGUUCAUAUUCCAGAUAUAAUCACGAAGAUUGCUCCUAAUAGUAACCUUUUUAACUCCUUGGCAACGAAUUCUACUAGCAUGUGCUCCAUGUCUCGAAUGGUUGAUGGAACAUCAGCCAACGAAUUAUUCAGCCCCAAGAUUAUCGAGGAAUUCAAGUUCAAGAACCAAAAUUUAAACGACAAGUCAGCAGAUAUGUUUCAAGUUGGUGAUAUUGCCAUUAAGAAACUGUCUAAUUCUAAACUUACGUCAGAUUCAACGUGCAUAACAAUUUCAUACACAUACAACACAUAUGAAGGAAAUCCAUUCGCAAAUAUUCCUGAGAAGAUAAGCGUUUCUUUUGAUAGUUUGUCUUCAGUUACCAUCAAAAAUCUUGGAUGGCAAGAUUUGGAAGACAGCUUAAAUGGAAAAUCGGAAGUUUCGCCAUUCAGAUUGUUUAGAAGCAGAUCUAAGAAGGAUACCUACAACGGCAAUGAUAGACUACUUGUCACUAACGAAGACUCCCAUAACUUGAAUUUUGUUUACAGUGUAAUGAGAACACAUUUUAAGAUUCGGAAUUUAGCAGGUUCUUCUCAGAUCAACCCUGCUGUCGAAAAUGACGUCGAAGAUGCUAGCUCGUUAACAAAGGAGUUAAAUAUCAUCAACUCUAACAGGCCCGAGGAGAAGCAUUAUGAGAAAUCGCGAUUCUUUAUGGCCGAGUUAGAGUUAUUUGCUGCGAAUCUCACUUCUAACUACUGUGAGUACAAUGAUAUCCCAGUUCUAACAGUUCGUCAAGAACUAAUGGAUGAAGACGGCGAUAAUGCGGAUACUUCUAAGAGACAGAGCCAUCCAGAUAAUGCAAUUGUUUCACACGAUAACAAGCUUUUACCUUCUUACGAGGCAAACUCUUAUUUCCAGACAUUAUUAGCAAGGGACGAGAAUGGGUUUGUUUCAUCGUCUGCUGCAAUAAUAGGCAGGAAUUUCUUGAACAAGAGUAUUGUUGAAGUAUUCUCUGGUGACUCUCUGCGUAAUGUAGCUAAGGGCUUAUCAAAAGGAUACGUGGAUAUUAUAAAUGUCACUAAUAACUUCGGCAGUAUGUUGAACCAGAUGCAAUUACUCAGCCACAUACAGUUGGGUCAGACAAAUGCAGCUAUGAGGGCCAACGGAAAUCACUUUCAUUCGAUGGAAAAAUUUAGUUAUCUCAAGAGAUACGGAUACUAUCUAAAUGGACCUCUUAGUCCUCAGACUCUUGAAGCACAAUUAAAUAAACUUGUGAAUGCAGAGACUACAAAACGAUAUUUGACCACUCGACACAAGAUGUUCUGGACAUUGAAGUUUCUUGAACAAAAACUACUUGAAAGCUCCUCUAUUGAGCUUGGCUCGAAUAACACUGAAUACGAGUGCAUAGUCACAGAUGUGGGAAUUGGUAUAGAUGAUAUUGGAUGUCAUCUAAGUAAAGCAUUCUGCCAGGAACUUGGUAUCGAAUUGAACGUGCUUACACCAGACCCUGUAUCAUAUACAGUUGGGUCUGUUGUCUAUUGUAACAAGGUUAUAUACUUGGACGUUCCCGGUGGAGUUUGUGUUUUGCUACUGGAGCAGGAUUUCUGA